CUUCCUCUCUUCACUUUAUUAACUCACCUUACACCUGUUCUCUCAUGUGACCAGCUACCUCUUCUUUCUUCUCCUCUUUCAUCUUCAUCUGUAUCCCUUGUUUCAUUUUUGGGCUCUAUAGUAUAGCUCCUUCGUCUAGUACUUCUUCUUCAUACACACAUCAUAGUACGUUCAGUUUUGUUAAGAACUCUUCUCAUAAGAAUACAUAAUCUGAGUUGAUCUUCAAUCUCUGCGAUGAUGCCCCCUGAGCAAGAAACCACUAUUGCACCAAACAUUCCAGCCAUCUCAACCCGCCCCGAGAACACCCUCGAACCGGAGGGUUCCACCACUAACAAAAUCAAACCCAGUAAUUUGGAUGAUGAUGGCAUUAAUAUUCCUGCACAGCAUCACCCUCAGCCAACAACCGCACCAAGAUUUUCCAUUCUUCACCAAUCCUUGCGUCCUGUUACCCUCAAGUUUGAAGACGUAUCUUACAGCAUAACCUUCCAAAGCCAAAAGAAGGGUUGUGUUUUGCGGAAAGAAGCGAAGCUGACACGAAAAGUACUCACCGGCGUGACCGGAACGGCGAACCCCGGCGAGCUAACAGCAAUGCUGGGCCCCUCAGGGAGCGGCAAGACCACCCUACUAACCGCCCUAGCCGGAAGACUCGCCGGAAAAGUCUCCGGCACAAUAACAUACAAUGGGCAUUCAGACCCGACCUUCAUGAAGCGAAGAAUCGGGUUCGUGUCACAAGACGACGUUCUGUACCCUCACCUCACGGUUCUUGAAACUCUUACCUACGCAGCUUUGUUGAGACUUCCAAAGAGUUUAAGCAAAGAAGAGAAAAAGGAGCAUGCAGAGAUGGUGAUCAUGGAGCUUGGGUUAACACGGUGUCGUAAUAGCCCCGUUGGAGGGUGCAUGGCUUUGUUCAGAGGCAUUUCGGGUGGGGAAAGAAAACGGGUCAGUAUCGGGCAAGAGAUGUUGAUUAACCCGAGUUUGUUGUUUGUGGAUGAGCCCACGUCGGGUUUGGACUCAACCACGGCCCAACUCAUCGUGUCAGUGCUCCGCGGCCUCGCUCGGGCCGGCCGGACCGUCGUCACCACCAUUCACCAGCCUUCAAGUCGGUUGUAUAGGAUGUUUGAUAAGGUGGUUGUGUUAUCCGACGGGUACCCGAUUUAUAGUGGGCAUUCGGGUCGGGUCAUGGACUAUCUCGGAUCCGUUGGAUAUGUGCCAGCUUUCAAUUUCAUGAACCCGGCUGAUUUCCUACUUGAUCUUGCUAAUGGCAUAGUUGCUGAUGUCAAACAUGAUGAUCAUAUAGAUCAUCAUGAGGAUCAAGCUUCAGUCAAACAGUCCCUAAUUUCAUCCUUUAAGAAGAACUUAUAUCCUGCUCUUAAAGAAGAGAUUCAGCAAAGUCACAAUGACCCGGUGACUCUUGCAUCAGGAACACCUAGACGUUCUGAUAACCGAUGGACCACUAACUGGUGGGAGCAAUUCAAGGUACUUCUUAAGAGGGGUUUACAAGAGAGGAGGCAUGAAUCUUUCUCUGGCUUAAGGAUUUUCCAAGUCUUGUCUGUUUCCAUUCUCUCCGGACUCCUUUGGUGGCAUUCUGAUCCUUCACAUGUACAAGAUCAGGUAGGACUCCUUUUCUUCUUCUCCAUCUUCUGGGGAUUCUUCCCUCUCUUCAAUGCCAUCUUUGCGUUCCCUUUGGAGAGGCCAAUGCUAAUAAAAGAAAGAUCAUCAGGCAUGUACCAUCUCUCCUCAUACUAUGUUGCUAGGAUGGUUGGAGACUUACCAAUGGAGCUUGUGCUUCCUACUAUCUUUGUAACUAUCACAUACUGGAUGGGUGGUCUUAAGCCUUCAUUGGUUACAUUUUUGUUGACCCUCUUGAUCAUGCUUUUUAAUGUUCUAGUCUCACAAGGCAUAGGCCUAGCACUUGGUGCAAUUCUCAUGGAUGUGAAGCAGGCCACAACUCUAGCAUCAGUGACCAUGCUGGUGUUUCUGUUAGCUGGUGGUUACUACAUUCAGCAAAUUCCCUCCUUUAUAGCUUGGUUAAAGUACAUUUCUUUUAGUCACUACUGCUAUAAGCUACUAGUAGGAGUCCAGUUUUCAGUAAAUGAGGUGUAUGAGUGUGGAUCAGGGUUGCAUUGUAGGAUAAGAGAUUUUCCUGCCAUAAAGUGUCUUGGGCUUGAUAAUAAUAUGUGGGGAGAUGUGGCUGCAUUGACUGUAAUGUUGAUUGGAUACAGAGUUGUGGCAUAUCUAGCUUUGAGGAUGGGGCAACCUCACUGACUAAAGAUUUAACACAUUAGAGAGAACAAGUUAUUAAUUUUCCAAGUUUGGUUGUUUGAAUCACCACCUCAGUUAAAGUGGUAAUUCGAUUCAACUUGUAAGGAGAAGAAAAUCUUAAAUCCUUGUGAUUAAUUGAUGUGAUAUGAAGCAAUCAAAAUUUGUAGAAUAUAGUCCAAUUUUUUUAUGGAGAAAAAUCAGCCGUACCAGUUGGACACCAUCUAGUGUUUAAGCCAUUUUUAA